ACUAGUAAUAACCGACUUAACAAACCUCUUGUCAUCAAAAUUGAGGUCCCUGAAGUAUCGAAUUCUGAAAUGGCUCCCAAUAACGAAAAAAGAAAAGUUCGAUCGGGAAAAUCACGUGAGCGUCGUAGAAGGCUUCGAGACGAUUCUGAAAGAAACAGGAAGGAAAAACAAGUAAUUAAACUAAUAAAUGAUAUGACCUCAGAGGAACAACAGGACAAAAGAAAGAAAAGGAAAGAACAUGCAACAAACAGUCGUCAAAACAAAGCAAUCCUUAAAAAACAAUAUCAAGAAUAUCCAGAAACUGAAGUUCGAUUACCCGAAAUUAACUGCCCACCUGAAGCCUCCCUUGCCAUUAAAAAUGAGGUUCUGCUAAUUUCAGAAGUGGAGCCUAACCCCGUUUCUCUAAAUGCUACCGACAACGAACCUAAACAAAUACAAUCGGCAGAGGCACGUGAACGUCGUCGGAGAAUUCGGAAAGAUCCUGAACAAAGGAGACAACGAUUGGCAAAAGAACGCGAACGUCGUCGAAAAAUACGAGAAGAUCCUGAAAAAUGCAAAAUACAAAAAGAAAAAGAUAGACAAAGAUAUUUUAGGAAAAAAGAAAAACAAAUUAUUAAAUUAAUAAAAGAUAUGACACCACAGGAAAAAUGCAAAAAAAGAGCGAAAUGGAAACUAUGUACAAAAAAUAGCCGUGAAAAUAAGGCAUUUCUUAAAAAACAACAACAAUGUAAACAAGUUGAAACCCAAGUUGUUGAAUCUAGUACCUCGAUGGAAUCAGUUCCUCAGAUGAAGGAUCUACACAUUUCAGAGGUAAAACCAAUUGAUGAAAAAGACUUGGAAACUAACCUAAAUAUUAAAACGGAAGUUAUUUAAGUUUAAUGGCUGUUAUCAUGCUCUACCUUGCGACCAAUCCUAUCCAUCGAAUUGGAAUAAUAAUUCAAAAGGAAAAGACAGUAUUAACUAUGGUCUAGCGACUUGGAAUUCCUUUGAUUUUGGAACAGUGAAAAUACGGCAACGUUCAUUAAUGCCUCUUUUGGAUUUCAAUUCCAACGUUUUAUUUCUUUAGGAUGCAAUAUUUUUCUUUAUACACAAUUUGCAUAACGAACUUGAUAACACAAUUCUUUCACUCGGUAAUUCUAUGAGCACAAACAUUUUGGAGAUUUUAUUCAGGCAGUGAAACGAACUCGCCAUCGUAUGGCUUCGUUCCUUACAACUCUUCAAGGUCUGAUAAAGGUGAUCAAACGGUAUUAGCAACAUUGCUGAAAUUAAAAUCUAAAAUCUACCCCAAGCAGAAACUGAUAAAUUCAAAUAUUUUUUUGGGCGUCAAUAAUAAUACAUGGAAAGCUUGUUCUUUCAAUUUUCUGCAAUAAAUUAAUGUGUUAUUUUGAAAAACUCAGGAUAAAAAUUCUAAUUUUAUUAGUAUAAAAUACUGUAUUUAGGUUAGGAAAAAAAAUAUUAGAUCACAUAAUUUAUUACCGUACAUAAAAUUGUAAAAUGCUUUUUUUUACUAACAAUACAAGACAAGACUU